AUGGGUGUUCCGAAGUUCUUCCGCUGGCUCAGUGAGCGGUAUCCCGCCAUCUCCAUGCUGAUCAAGGAGAGCCGUAUCCCCGAAUUUGACAGCUUAUACCUGGACAUGAACGGUAUUAUUCACAACUGUACACACAGCGACAGUGACUCCCCGACAUUCCGUAUGUCGGAGGAACAAAUGUUUAUUGCCAUCUUCAAUUAUAUCGAGCACCUGUUUGGAAAGAUCAAGCCACAGAAGCUGUUCUUCAUGGCUGUUGACGGUGUCGCACCUCGAGCUAAAAUGAAUCAGCAACGUGCGCGCCGCUUCCGAACCGCGCUGGAUGCUGAAAAUGCGAAGGAGAAGGCACUCGCGCAAGGAAUGGAAAUGCCGAAAGAAGACCCAUUCGACAGUAAUUGCAUUACACCCGGUACCGGCUUCAUGGCAAGGCUGACGCAACAACUGAAAUAUUUUAUCAACAAAAAGAUUUCAGAGGAUUCAGAUUGGCAAGGCGUGGAGAUUGUGCUCUCGGGCCAUGAGGUCCCUGGAGAAGGUGAGCACAAGAUCAUGGAAUACAUUCGUCAAGCGAAAGCGCAGCCGGGCUACCAUCCAAACGUGCGGCACUGUCUAUAUGGCCUGGAUGCGGAUUUGAUCAUGUUGGGUCUUCUCAGCCAUGACCCCCACUUCUGUCUUCUCCGAGAGGAGGUGACAUUUGGCCGCCAGACUCAGAAGAAGCCUAAGGAACUCGAGCAUCAGAAUUUCUAUCUUUUGCAUCUUAGCAUGGUUCGGGAGUACCUGGAAUUGGAGUUUCAAGAAUUAGAGAAAGAUGGGGCUCUGGACUUCCCAUUUGAUAUGGAGCGAGUUAUUGAUGAUUUCAUUCUCAUGGCAUUUUUCGUUGGAAAUGAUUUCUUGCCCAAUCUGCCAAAUCUGCACAUCAACGAGGGUGCAUUGGCGCUCAUGUUCAAGAUCUACAAGGAAGUCUUACCCAAGAUGGGUGGCUACAUCAACGAGGCAGGUACCAUCAAUGUGGAGCGGCUCGGCAAACUCAUCGAUGCGAUGAGCGUAUUCGAGCAUCGGUUCUUCGAGGCUGAAAACUCCGAUGCGCAAUGGAUCAAAUCAAAAAAGAAUGAUGGUUCGCUCGAACUGGAGAGGAAGCCCAAGGAAUUGACGAUCACCUCGUCCCAGAAAGACAUUCUCAAGAAGGUAAAGCAGUACGUCUUGAACCGAUCUGGCAAGGGAACUGAAGCGAAACCUUUGGAUUUCCCAUCCACCCUACCGGCCCGCGAUCGAAGCUUUAUCGAAAAGCUUGCAGACCAACUUCGAGUUCCAUGGUCCACCACGGAAAAUGAGCACGGUGAUCGAUUCAUGAGACUUCAGCUACCUGAGCCCGAGCACGAUGACAGCGAUGAGGAGGACAAUGAAGAUGAGGAGGCCACUCUGGCCAUCCAGCGUAUCAUUCGGAAGUAUGAGAAGGCCAAAAUCCAAGAUAUGACCCCUGAGGAGGCGCAAGAGGCGGCAGAGAAGAAGUAUGAUGAAAAGUUCUAUGAGUGGAGAGAUAAUUAUUAUCGCUCCAAGUUUGGAUGGGGACUUGACAAUGAAGAAGAGUUGAAAAAGCUUGCAGAGAACUAUGUGCAAGGUCUACAAUGGGUUCUGUUCUAUUACUAUCGGGGUAUCGCAUCGUGGUCCUGGUUCUUCCGGUAUCACUAUGCCCCCAUGAUCUCUGAUGUGACGAAGGGACUAGGCGUGGAUAUGAAUUUCCGACUGGGUCAGCCCUUCCGGCCUUUCGAGCAGUUGAUGGGCGUGCUGCCAGAUCGCAGUAAGAAGAUCGUGCCCACUGCCUACUGGGAGCUUAUGACUUCCUCGGAAUCACCUAUUAUCGAUUUUUACCCUCGUGAUUUCGAUCUUGACAUGAAUGGGAAAAAGAUGGAGUGGGAAGCUGUGGUCAAAAUUCCUUUUAUUGACGAGAAACGGCUCCUGGACGCAAUGAAAACACGAGACCAGCUCCUGAGCCCCGAUGAGAAAGCUCGCAACGGCUUCGGAGCUAGUUUGAAAUUCACCUUCUCGCCUGAUGUCAACUUCAUAUAUCCUUCUUCCAUGCCUGGCGUCUUCCCCGAUGUUCCCAACUGCCGCUGUAUCGAGAAUACAUUUGAGUUGCCCACUAUGGAUGGAUUGAUCCCAUACCACGGACUAAUGGACGGCGUGCAACUGGGUGAUGCUGCCCUAGCCGGUUUCCCAAGCCUGAAGACGCUACCGCGCGUCGGACAAUUGGGCUUCCAUGGAGUCUGUGUUUUCCAACAAGAAAGUCGCAACGAAAGCCAAGUCAUCACCCUUCUCGACCCCUCAAGUCGGACCAACAUUGAAUUAGCUAAGAAAAAGCUUGGGCAACGAGUCCAUGUUGGGUACCCUUUCUUACAAGAAGCCCUGGUCGUUCGUGUAUCAGACGAGCUGUUUGACUACAUCCUCCCACCGGGUGAGCAGCACGCGGUCCAGAUCCCGCACACUCCUCAACAGAUUGAGCAGUGGAAGAAGAAAGCCGACAAGAUUGAGAGCACCUACAGCAAGCGGCUCGGUAUCAUUAUUGGAGGUGUCGAGUCUUUAGUCCACAUUCAACUGUUAAAGGGUAUGAUCAAGACCGAUGAUGGUGCCACCAUUAAGGAGUUCGCGGAUAUCCCCGGACAGGAAACCGACUACGCCCUGCAAGUGGUUGUUGACAACGUUGUCAACCCUGACCAGCGUUUCAUUGAGCGGAAGGCUCUGCCAAUCGAAGAAGAGUUCCCGGCGAACUCUCGUUGCUUUUUCUUAGGUGACUUUAACUACGGCCGACCUGUUCAUGUGACUGGCCACUCUGAUGGAAAGGUGAAUGGUUUGGUUGCAGCAGUGAAAGGCAAAGAGCCAGAAUUUGGAAGACAACGUGUUGCGGAGGCUGAGCGAUCGUGCCCCUACAUGCCUUCCUACGCUAUUGCACGAAGCCUCCGUCUCAAUCCCCUGGUACUUGCCAAGAUCACUUCCUCCUUCUCUGUGGACGUAGAGGGCCAGCGUGUCAAUCUGGGUCUCAACCUUAAGUUCGAAGCUCGCAAACAGAAGGUUCUUGGAUACUCUCGCCGUGGUCAAUCUGGCUGGGAAUUUAGCCAGAAAGCAGUCAACCUGCUCCAGCAGUAUAUGAUCACCUUCCCCGAGUUCAUCGCUGGAAUCCAGCGCAAUCCUCAGAACGACCGCUAUUCGCCUACCGAUUUCUACCCGGAGGAAAUUGCCCUUGUGAAGAUCAAGGAGAUUCGCGAUUGGUUGAAAGCGAUCGAGGCUAAAGACUUUGCUAGAGUUCCUCUUGAGGCGGAGCAACUUGACUCCGAUAUUGUCCUUCUCAUCCAAAAGGAUGCCGACGAACUAACUCAAUCGCUCCCUGAGAUGCAACCCAAGAAGGUUCGCGGUGUCCCAAGAGGCGCCCUGCUUCGGCCCGAGGACGUCGAGCAUCGUCUUGGCAGCCAAACUUUCAAGCUCGGUGAUCGGGUCGUGUACGCCCAGAAUUCCGGAAAGGUCCCAAUUGCCACCCGGGGUACGGUGGUUGGUCUUACCAGGACCCCGCUGACCAUUCUCCUUGAUGUGGUCUUUGAUGUCUCUUUUAUGAGCGGCACAGAUCUUGGCAAGCGCUGCUCUCCAUUCCGUGGCCAGACAGUCCCUGCGUCUUCUGUCCUGAAUCUGUCCUACCGGCAAUUGGUCACCAGCUCUCGCGCCGCAACAAGUCAGCAAACCCCACAGGAACCCACCCCUCUGACGGUUGCCGGAUAUGGUGCGCCCUUGGGCCCUAACGGACAGGGGCAACUAAAGAAUGCACCCGCUCCUGCGCCCCUGAGGGGUUCCUUUAAGGGUGCUGUUUCUGGAAACAAUGCUCCUCGUGGACGUGGUGGUCUCGGCAAUGGCCAGCCCACUACGCUGCCCUUCCGGCCUCAUGUCAAUGGGGGUCCCCCGCGUGGCCCGCGUGGCCGAGGCGCUCCCACCAACGGCAACCGCGGAGGUAGAGGCGGUAGAGCUGGCUAUGUCUCCGUUGAAAACGGUGAUCCUAGCGAAGGCAUCGUCCAAAACAAUCCCAAUUUCCGGCCGCAGAGCUACAACCAAGUUCCGCCACCCCCGGGAGUGGAUCAACGACGCGGUCGUGGACGUGGCCGGGGCAAUGGAUUCCGCGGCCGUGGCCGUGGAGGAGGCCCUGCUGCUGUGACCGAACAGUAA